AUUCUACAAACAACAUAACCCAUUUUUGGGUUAUGUAACAUUAGAAUUAUCAAAAACACGCGAUGAAAGCUGUUUAAAGACAAUUUAACAACUGUCAUGUAAUAAAUAAACUUUUAAUUAUCUAGGAAAUAGCUUUACCCAGCUUUUAGUGUCCUAGUUUCAAUUCUUUUGUUAAGCAAAAUAGUUUCUUAGAAUAAAUGUGUUAAAAAUGGUAACGAAUUGUUUUUAAACUUGUAUAAAUACUGAUAUAAAAGUGACAAAGAUUCAGCAGAGUUUCGUAAAAAAGAUACAAUGAAUUCAAUUAUUGUUUUUAUUGCCCUAAUUGGGUUAUCAUUUGGACUACCCGGAGUAAAAGUCCAACUCACUGAAAAACAAAUUGAAGAUCUUUUAUCCAAAAACGGAUUAUUCUCUGUAGGUUUAAACAAGGCUAUUGGAAAACUAAACAACGGCAUUGCUAAAUAUCGACUAGUAAGAGAGAAGAUUAUUGAUGCAUCUUCACAAAUUGUUGGAAGUAUUCAAUUUGAAGUUAACGUUAGAGUUGUCGAAUCAGUUUGCGAAAAUUCACCAAUAAAUUCGAAUUUGAUGACGACUAAAGAAUGCCCUGCUAUAGAGCCAUUUGCUGCAAAAGUUUGUACGGUUGGUAUGUGGUACCGUCUUUUUGUUCCUCAAACAAUUGACUCCUUAGUUGUAAACACCUCAUGUAGAUCAGAAUAAAAAAUUUCAACUUUUAA